AUGUUUGAACUGUUCAGCGCAUGCAGACAUUGUGUCUCACCGAUCGUGGUUAGCGAUGAGCCUGUGUCCAGCUAUGACUCCAGCAUGCGGCCAACUCGCAGUGUGCCCGACAGCCCCAUGGGCAAAGCCUUGAAGGAAAUGCAGCAAAGCUUCACCUUCCUGGCGUUGCCUGCGCAUGGUUUGUUUCCCAUCGUGAAGGAUUGCGAAAAUGCGAUCUUCAUGGGUGACGAAGACAAAGCGCGGGAUAUCUUAGAGAGGCUCGAGCACGAGGUGGAGCUUGAGGGCUCCACUCUGACGGCCGCUUUUAACCUCUUUAAGAAGCCGGGCGCGGACUGCCUGUCAGAGACGGAGGUCCGCAUGAUGCUGGAGUACCUCGGCUUUCCCAAGGAAGACGCCGAUGUGGAGAAGAUCCUGACCGCGGUUGAUACUGACGGCGACCGGAAGAUGAGCCUCGAGGAGUUCCGGCACUACGUGGGGCGCAUGGGCGGCUCCUUGCGGCUCUUCGAAGUGCGGCGCAAGCAGAUGGAGACCACACAUGGGAGUCUGGGGGAGGCAGUUGAUCCCGCCGCUCUGCGCGUGCACCUCCUUGAGGCCGGUAUCCGAGAUGAUGCUCAGGCAUACUGGCGACUUGUGGUGCCGCCCACGGAAUUCACCGAAGCCGCCAAGCUGGUGGACUGUCAGCGCAAGGCAGUUCGGCACAUCCGGGCGUUGGCGAAGCGGAACCACGACGACGCCCUGCCAAAGCUGCAGAAGCGUCUGGCAAACUUGGGCUUCCGCGACACGGAUCUCUGGAUGACGUUGGCCUGGAUUCGCGAGAUGGCGCCGAUCCUGGUGCAUCUGGACCUCUCAAAGAUGCUUCACUUCAUGGAGAAAGACACGCACUACCGAAAUCAGUUCGAGACGGCCAGCAGCGGAGGCUUGCUGAAACCGGCCACCCGGGAGAAGUGGGAGAAAGACCUCUUCGGCGGCUACUACGAUGGAGCCCAGGGCUUUGACAGAUGUAAGUACGGCGUGCUCAACGCUAUGAAUGACCACCGCGGGGUGGUGAAGUGCGCACAGUAUGGCGACAGUUACUUGGUUCUCAAGGACGUGCGCCUUCGCUGCACCUUCUCCCCGGAAGACUCGGCCAAUUUGAAGGCGGAGCGCCUAGCUGUGCUGGACUACUAUGGGCAUGUGCUCCACGAGUACAGUGAUGCAGAGCUCCGGGAGACGAUUCACGUUGCCAAGUCUUCAGAUGCCGCCUUGCUGGGCGACUCUUCCAAAGUUGGCUCCAUGAAGUACAAGGAGACGCAGAUCCACGGCGAGCUGUGCUUCGCAAACCACGUGGAGCGAUUGGUGGCGCACCCGCGGCAUCGGAAAGCGCCGGACCAAGACAAGAUCAAGGCGGUCGCGGCCAAGUUCAACUGGAAGUUCUCCUGGAUUGACGAGGAGAGGCGACGCAUGGAGCGGGAGGAGCGCGCCAAGCUGGGAGCUGCUGCCUGGGAAGAACGACUUCACGCUUUGAUGGACAAGGAGACUCCAGAUGCACACGGAGUCCCAGAGGGCUUCUGCAAGAAGGGCUGUGGUCGAAAGGUAGCGCCCGGCACCACCAAAAACGGCAAGUCCUUCACCACAUGCUGCCGUGGCUGCGUGCUGGGCUUUGGCCAUGACAUGACUUGCGGCAACAUCGAUCCCGCACAUCUGGGGCCUGGCAAAUGCAAGAAUGGAUGUGGACGUCCGGUGAAUCCGGGCAGACACCCGUCUGGCAGAAAGUUUGACACCUGCUGUCGGGAUUGCAGCUCUGGUAGCCACGAUCCUGAUUGUGGCAAGCAGGAGCUCUCUAACGAGCCUGUGGAGCCUGGCUUCUGCAUCAACAGGCAGGGGUUGAAGCAGAGCAAUCGCCUGCUGCUCAAUCGCACUCGCCAGGUGCACCGAGACUUGAAUGCCAAGAAUUUUAUGAUCACUGGCGAUGACAGGACUGUCAAACUCAUUGACUUCGGCCUGGCGACGCGUUUCUAUGGCUACAUGCCCAAAGACCAGUUCAUUGAGAUUGUGGGUACGUCUCACUACAUGGCGCCGGAGAUGAUCUUGAGCGGCAAGUACAGCCCGGCAGUUGACAUGUGGUCACUGGGAGUCCUCCUCUACGUGUGCUUGACAGGGCUCAUGCUGCUGCCAAAGGACGACGAGCGGAAGAAGCAUUUGCUGGGCAAGAAGGCCUACGUAGGCCGAAAGUUGGAGAAGUGCCCUCAGCUGCAGAAGCGGGCGUGCUCGGAUCAGGCGCGGAACCUUCUGGAGAUGAUGCUGACCUAUGACGCCUCGGAGCGAAUCUCCGCUUCUGAAGCUUUGUCCCAUCCCUUCAUUCUGAAGUACUGCCACCAAUUUCUGGGCGGCGCUGUGCAAGCUGCCACAGAGCUGGACACGGUGAUCAUCGACAAGCUCAGGCGCUUUGCCAAAGCUCCUAAGCUGAAAAAGGUCGCGCUUUUGUUCAUGGCGCACUUGGCAGAGCAUGAUGUGCAGCUCCGGGACGCACGCCACAACUUCCGGACUUUGGAUAAGAACGGUGACGGCGAAAUCUCCCGCGAGGAGCUUGAGGCCGGCUUGAAUGAGGCGGGCAUAGCGCCGCCACCAGACAUGGCUGAGAUCUUUAAAGGCUGCAGCGCUCAUCGGGAGGGCAAGCUUCACUUUGUGGAAUACUUGGCAUGCAUGAUGCCUGAGAGUCUCAUAGACGAGCGCUUGUGCCACGAGGCCUUCAGCCUGCUUGACCCGGAGGGCAAGGGAAGGCUAAGGGCCGAAGACCUGCAAGUUGUUUGCCGUCACGACUUAGACAGGUGCCGCAAGAUGGUUGACCAGGUGAAGCAGGUGGAUGAUGGAAGCGACGGCUUUGACUUUGAUGACUUCUUUACGCUUCUGUGCGGUCCUAUGAAGGAUUCUGACCCAGCGGAUCAAAGGCCUGCCAAGCAUCGACGAACUGAAGGAACACACGCGCCAGUCUUUGCGGGCAUACCGGCGUCUUAG